AUGGAUUAUUCACGACGAUAUGGAUCAACUCACUUUAUUUUAUUAAUAUGUCCAUAUAUUUUUAUUGUAUAUUCAUACAUAUCAAAUCAAUCAUCAUCAUCAUCAUCAUCAAGUAGUGGUACGAUUCCAAUAAAACAAAAAUUAAGAUCAACACAAUCAACUGAUGCUGGGCGAGUCUUAGUUAUUUAUGUUUGGGCAGAUACAGAUGUACAAUCGCUAGGCAAUCUUCAAUUUUUUAUUCGCUAUGGUGUUCAUCCAUCACAACCGGCUGAUUAUUAUUUUAUUUUACAGCAAGUCGGUAAAAAACCAGUCAAUCAAUCACGUUUACCAUCGCUUCCACCCAAUGCACAUUAUAUUCAACAUGAAAACAAAUGCUACGAUUUUGGUACUUUUGGGUGGUUUCUAUCGCGAAACAUGAUCAAUAAAAGUUUAUACAAAUACUUUAUCUUUAUGAAUGCAUCAAUACGUGGACCCUAUUUUGCUGCCUAUUUUGAUGAUGAACAUAUGUGGUGGUUUACUGUAUUUACUAAACGUUUGAAUGACGAAAUAAAACUUGUAGGUUCAACAAUUAAUUGUGAACAUAAACCACAUGUACAAAGCUACUUGCUAGUCACUGAUCGAAUUGGUUUAUCGAUAUUAACUGAUCAAAAACAAGGAGUAUUUAAUUGUAAAAACGAUUAUAGUGAUGCUGUUUUCAAUGGUGAAAUAGGUGCAAGUCAACUUAUUCUCCAUGCUAAUUAUCAAAUAGCAUCAUUACAAAUAAAAUAUCAAGGUUGGGAUUUUCGUAAAAAAGAAAGAGAGGCAUGUAAUAAUCGAGUUAGUCCAAUAUUUGUUGACCGAUCUGUUGAUGGCAUUGGACAUGACCCUUAUGAACUUGUAUUUGUUAAAUAUAAAGGUUUACCUCCUUUUGAUUCUGAUCUUGAACGGCGUGCAUUGAUCUAUCAAAAAUGGCUGGAAGAACAACCAAGUGAAUCAAAAAAAUUGAAGUUUGAAUGA